UAUGACGCUAUUGACCCGGAAAUAAAGGUAAAAAUGCUAGUAUAAUCAAUAAUAUAUAACCAUGCAAUUUGUAAAAAAUAAAAAUAUUAAAUCUUCUUCCAAAAAGGAAAGAAAAAAUAACAAUUCGAGCUACAUUUGCCACCCUUUAUCAGUACAGUCAACGUGACGUCACUUGCUUAUGGUAGCACGUGAAAGGAGGAUAAAAGUUAAACAACUGUGAACUUUAGACGUCAUCAGAAUCGACAUGGCAGCUCCAGAUGCAUUCAAAGUUUCCUCCCUAAAGGAUAAAGUCGCACUGAUCACAGGUGCAAGUUCAGGGAUAGGAGCUGGAACGGCGUUGCUGUUCGCUAAACUCGGUGCCCGGCUGGCACUGAAUGGACGGGACGUCGAGAAUCUCACCAAAAUCGCACGAGAAUGCGAAGAGUGUGGCGCAGUGAAACCUUUACUAGUGCCAGGAGAUUUAACUGAUGAGGAUACUGUAAAGAAGACAGUUGAAGAGACCAUUGCACACUUUGGAAAGCUGGAUGUCCUUAUCAACAGUGCAGGGAUCUUGUCUAUGGGCAGCAUAGAGACUACUGAUAUGGCCCAGUAUGAUAAGGUCAUGGCUGUGAAUGUUCGAUCUGUCUAUCAUUUGACCUGUCUGUGUGUGCCACAUCUCAUCAAAACUAAAGGCUCCAUUGUAAAUGUGUCCAGUGUCAAUGGACAGCGAUCAUUUCCUGGUGUACUUGCCUAUUGUAUGUCGAAAUCAGCCAUUGACCAGUUUACAUGCUGCGUUGCUCUCGAGCUGGCACCAAAGCAAGUACGCGUCAACUCAGUAUGUCCGGGGGUUAUUGUAACAGAGGUUCACAAGCGUGCAGGACUGGAUGAAGAUCAAUAUACUCAGUUUCUCGAGAAAUGCAAACUGACCCACGCUCUCGGCAGACCGGGUGAAGUAGAGGAGGUGGCUCACGCUAUUGCCUUCCUGGCCUCUGAUGCUGCAACCUUUAUAACAGGUGUCAACCUUCCAGUGGACGGAGGUCGACAUGCUAUGUGUCCACGGUAAUGUUUUGGUGCCAUGCUACAGUUUUGACUGUACUGUGUGUGUAAAAGCAAAAUAAACUUUAAAUAAAUCUUUG